UCGCUCCUCCUCCGUUGUCAGAAGAUAAAUUCUAUAGGAAUUAGCGUCAAGCAUUCCUUACUCUUCUUAAUUUACGCAGUAACUUUGAGGUCUCUUUUAAUGGCUGGUAUCGAAGAAUUCCUAGGAGAGUUGAACAGGGAAUCCUUCGUUUCCCUGCUGAGAAAGAUCAUAGGAGAGUCCAAACAUGUCCAAAACAAUCCACCAGAGCUGAUCCCAGAGGAAGACAGGGUGGUGAAGCACGUGCUGGAUUCUCUCCUUCCUUAUAGCACCACUUCUGGAGGAGGUCCCUUGAUUGUAAAUCAUGUCUCUUACUUCCCUGGCCGAGGCAAUCUUAUUGUGGAGUAUCCAGGCACUGAGCCAGGAAAGGUUUUGUCUUUUGUUGGCAUGCACAUGGAUGUUGUCACUGCCAAUCCUAAUGACUGGGAAUUUGAUCCAUUCUCAUUGGGCAUUGAUGGGGAUAAGCUCUGUGGCCGCGGAACUACUGACUGUUUGGGACAUGUUGCCCUUGUGACUGAGCUCAUGAGGAGGUUGGCGGAGACAAAGCCAAAACUAAAAUCAACAGUAGUUGCAGUAUUCAUAGCCAAUGAAGAGAAUUCUACAAUAACAGGAGUUGGUGUUGAUGCACUUGUGAAAGAUGGGCUGCUUAAUAAGCUGAAAGGAGGUCCUUUAUUCUGGAUUGACACUGCAGAUAAACAACCUUGCAUUGGUACUGGCGGUAUGAUACCUUGGAAACUUCAUGUAACAGGGAAACUUUUUCACAGUGGUUUAGCACACAAGGCUAUAAAUCCUUUGGAGCUAGCUAUGGAGGCACUCAAAGAGAUACAAUCACGAUUUUAUAGGGACUUCCCUCCUCAUCCAAAAGAGAAAGUCUAUGGAUUUGCAACCCCCUCGACGAUGAAGCCAACUCAGUGGAGUUAUCCUGGAGGUGGGAUCAAUCAAAUUCCUGCUGAGUGUACAAUUUCAGGAGAUGUCAGGUUAACUCCCUUCUACAAUAUAGCAGAUGUGAAGAAUAAGCUACAAGAGUAUGUGGAUGACAUUAAUGAGAAUAUAGAGAAGCUGGAUACAAGAGGUCCUGUUUCAAAAUAUAUCCUACCAGAUGAAAACCUAAGGGGAAGCCUUACUCUGACCUUUGAAGAGGCGAUGUCUGGAGUUGCAUGUGAUCUUGAGUCUCGUGGCUUUCAUGUAUUGUGUAAGGCUACUGAGAAGGUAGUAGGGCAUGUGAAACCAUAUUCAAUAACUGGGAGUUUGCCACUGAUUCGAGAGUUGCAAGAUGAAGGUUUUGAUGUUCAAACUGCUGGCUAUGGUUUAAUGGCCACAUACCAUGCCAAGAAUGAGUACUGCCUGUUUUCUGAUAUGUGCCAAGGCUACCGAGUUUUUGUUAGCGUCAUCUCCCAAUUAGAAGAGUGAUCAUAAUAAAAAUGGAUGCCAAUGCCAUGCCCAGGUGACACAACCAUAACAACCAGGUUACAGCGAAUAAACAGGCUUACUGACAAAAAAGUGUGCACUUUUAACUUGAAAAGCGUCUUGUUGUCUACGGCCAGAAAUAUAAUGUUGAUUUUCAAGGACUUUGAUAAUUUAUAGUCUGCCCUUAAGGUCCCUGGUUAUGACCUGAUUCUGAUAUAACAUGUUAUCUUAGAAUAAAACUUAAAUUGCACAGUUAUCAUUUCCAUGAAAAUGACUUUGAACUUAAAUAGCAUGUUUACCAUUAUAACGUUGCCUUUGAGUUUUUAA